CAAUACUAUAUAUCUAAAAUUUGAAAGGCGAUAAGUUAAAAAAAACAGACCAAACAACCAUAUUGAGUAUUAGAAAAAUGCUGGCCAUAUCAACAGCUAUGUCAGCCCCAAUUCCAACCCCCACAACAAUAAUCCCAACACCUCCGCCGAGCGGCAACUUGCCGCUCCGCACACUCCCGGGUGGCUAUGGCUUCCCUAUUCUCGGGCCGAUAGGGGAUAGGCUAAAUUACACUUGGUUCCAAGGGCAAGACACUUUCUUUAGGAAAAAAAUGGACACAUAUAAGAGUAGUGUGUUUAGAACCAAUAUACCUCCUUGCUUUCCUUUCUUUAUCGAUGUUAACCCAAACGUAAUUGCUGUCCUUGAUGUUCCAUCUUUUUCUCACCUUUUUGAUAUGGAUAUCAUUGAUAAGAAGAAUGUUCUUGUUGGAAAUUUCAUGCCUAGUACCAAGUUCACGGGGGAUAGGAGAGUUGGUGUGUAUCUUGAUACAACUGAGGAGCUACAUACUAAGGUUAAGAACUUUGCUACGGACACCCUGAAGAGAAGCUCUAAAGUAUGGGUAUCUUCCUUAUUAACAAACUUGGACACCAUGUGGACAACCAUUGAACAAUCUAUCUCCAAAGAUAAAACUGCCAACUUGUUCAACCCCUUACAAAAAUGCCUCUUCAACUUCCUUUGCCAAGGAAUGCUUGGAGCUGACCCUAUAAAUUACUCAAAAGAACUCUGCGAAACAGGUCAUGUUAUGGUUGAUAAAUGGCUUGCCGUACAACUCCUACCCAUUAUCAAUAUUGGUAUACUCCAACCAUUUGAAGAAAUCUUCUUACAUUCUUUCACAUACCCCUAUCUAUUGGUUAAAGGGGAUUAUGAGAAACUUUGUAGUUUCGUUUCGAAAGAAGCUCGUGAAGUGAUUGAACGAGGUAAAUCCGAGUUUGGGUUAACUGAAGAAGAUAUCAUCCACAACUUGCUAUUCAACCUUGGAUUCAAUGCAUUUGGCGGGUUUUCGAUUUUCUUGCCUGCAUUGCUUAACAAUUUAGUACUAAACAAUGGUGCAAUACAAGAAGUGUUGAGGAAAGAAGUGAGGGAAAAUUGUAGCUCACCUUCAUCAUUGAGUUUUACUGCAAUUCAAGACAUGCCUAAUGUGCAAUCAUUCGUGUACGAAACACUAAGGUUAAAACCCCCUGUACCACUUCAAUAUGGGCGGGCAAGAAAGGACUUUGUGUUACAAUCACAUGAUUCAAGAUUUGAUGUAAAGAAGGGUGAGUUGCUUUGUGGAUAUCAAACACUUGUGAUGAGGGAUCCGAAGGUGUUUGAUGACCCGGAAACGUUCGUUCCGGAUCGGUUUAUGGGCGAGAAGGGUGAUGAAUUGUUGAACUAUUUGUUCUGGUCGAAUGGACCGCAGAAUGCGAAAGCUGAUGCAUCAAAUAAGCAGUGUGCAGGAAAAGAUUAUGUUCCUUUUACUGCAUGCUUGUUUUUGGCAGAUUUGUUCUUACGAUAUGAUUCUAUAACGCUUGAUUCAUCUGGGGCAAUCACGGGAGUUGAGAAAGCUAAGUGAAAAUCUAGGAGUAAUCUAUGCAAUGUGUAAAUUAUACAUUAUGUGUAUGUCAGUAUGUGUCUUUGGAGAUGAUCAUGAAUAAGAACUUGAAACGACUUGAUAUUUAUGUUGGAUCCUUUCUUAUUUCA